AUGGGGUGUAUUAAAUCGAAAUGCGCUUCCCCAGAGGAAAGAAACGGAAUUAAAAAUGCAAGAAGAGGCCCUCCUCGAGGCAUCCGCCGCAUUGCAAAUUUAUUUCGUAAGACAAGGAUCCAGCCUCUAAAUAUUCAAACAUCUGAUGAUUCCCCCUAUAACUCCUUCCAGGACCCGCCGGAGAUUGGAAGAGAACUGGCUGAGCCAAGCAAGGAGACACGGCAGGGAGAGAACGACAGCUCGCCCAGAGACCACGAUUGCCUGGAAAUGGAAGAAUUAGAGCAGCCUUGUACUUCCACCGAUUCAAGUAUUAAGGGUGUUACACAACCGGAUUUACAAGACUUCGGGCAGGAGGACACUGAUGGAGAGUCGCUCUCCCGAACAUCCAGUGACCAUAGCGACCAAGAAAAGGACCGUUCAUCAAUGUCGCAAGAAAAAUCAGAAUUCAAAGCAGCCAAAGAGAAGACGAAGAAUCCCAAAACAGUAUCUUUCUCUGUGGAAUUGGAAGAAAUUGUAUCUUUUUCUGUAGCCCCAGAAGAAGACAAAGAGAGAAGGGAUAUUGUUGUUGUCCUUCCAAGUUGUUCCAACCUGGAAAGUCAAUCCGGCGAGGAGCACGAGAUCCAAGAAAGAACUGCUCCAGCUCCCUGCAAAAAAGCGCGUACCACCACUGGAACAAGGCCUCGCACUGCGCAGCCUCGGAUUAGUUCUACCUUGCCUACCUCCGGUCACUCCUGCAGUAAAGAGUCCAGGGUCCAUGCUUCCAAAGUUCAGAAGGAAAAGAAAAGCAAACAGGCUAGGUGUGCACAAGGGCAUAUUUCCUCUCCAAGAAAACCCCGACCCAAAUCGUCCCGACCCAAGACUCCCAAAAAAGAUCGAAACUUGGAGCUGGCGUAUAAAUGGAAGUCUGUCCAAAAAUGGAUGAAGAGAUUUACGGACACAGUCGAAAGAGCAGACAGCAGGCCAAAAAAGCCCCGCGCUAAAUCUGCUCCAGCCAACGCGAGUGGUAGACGUGGACGUCAACAGCCAACUCAGGAGAGGGAAGGACAAGAAGUGAGUUCUAUAUAA